UGCCAUCCGGCAGCAGUGCGUAAAAUUGUUCCGCCGCAGGGGGCCUAUAAAGGGUAAAAGUCCGAGCGCCACAUAGAUUAGUCGGGAAACACAGCUCCAGCUUCGCGCAAAAUGUCGAACCAGUUCAGCCACAGUUGCAGCCUCUUCUGGCUAUCGAUGGCCACCCUGCUGGCGCUGACGACGGCCCAGUACUACACACAGUACAAUCCGUACUACACGCCCAGUCCGACGUUCUCCAGCCUGAACCAGUACUACUACCAGACCACGCCGUAUCCCUACUACUACAGCACGUACACGACGCCGAGUCCCUAUGCCAACACCAAGAUACGCAUCUGGCCGUAUGUGAUCGGCCAGUAUCUGUAUCCGGUGUACAACAACAACAACUACAACAAUCCCUAUGCCUCGCUGAGCAAUUCCAACUGGCAGAACUACUACGCGAGCGUCUAUCAGGCGAACUGGGGCCGAAAGUAGGGCGGGGGAUUAUACUAUUAAUGUUUAUUUUUUUUGUUGUUCAGUUAAUAAAAGA